AUGGUUGGUGCUUUUGUUAUUGUGUUUGGUGUUGUGGUUGGCAUCUCAGACCUCAGAGGCAAAGGAGGUACAAUGCCAAGAGCAAAUGAGAUGUUGAGAGCAGAUUCAAGAAUGAUGGUGAUCUUUGGUGCCUUGACAUCGAAACCAGAGCAGCUGACAUUUGAAGAAUCCCUCAGAUUUGUCAAGAAAGUGAAGGCCCGUGAUUACAUGCUGUACUUGUCAUUAUUUGACAUUCUUGGCAGAAUGGAAUUAUCCCAGCUUGAUGCCUACCGAGAGUUACAGCUGCUGUUUCAUAAUCACCCAGAUUUGUGUGAAGAGCUUGAGAAGUUCAGACCACCGGUGCCUAUAAAGCAGGCGACAAACAACAUUUGGCCCUGGGUCAUUGUUUGUGCUGUCCCAUUGGUUGCAGUCAGCCUGAUCCCGGCGCUUGGGAACCCAGUACUGUGGUUUGUUCAACAAACUAUUGGUGAAAAAAUAGCCGUCUGA